AACUACCACACCAGUAGCUCUGCUUCACUGAAAACUAUUUAGAGUUGUUUCAAAAAUGCCACACAGUCUGUUGGUCAGUCUGCAGCAACAUAUCAUGGAGGUCAGAGCUCUCUGCAUCAGACUGCUGAUGACCGUCAACAUCCUGUUGUGCAGACAUGAUCAGAAUGUUGAUGCAGUUUCUCUUCGUAUUGUUCCAAACAAAUCCCAGUUUUUUAAAUAUGAGUCAGUUAGUUUUUACUGUGAGGAGAUCUCUAAUGGACACGUGUUAUAUAAGAUGAAAGAGGAAGUAGAGCAAUGCAACACAACCAGCAAGAAAACAACAGCAUCAUCAACAGGUUCACAGUGCACCAUUCAUUAUCUUUAUGCAAGUGACAGUGGAGAAUACUGGUGUGGGACAGCAGGAGGGAACAGAAGCAACAAUAUCUACAUCACUGUCACUGAUGGUUCUGUGAUCCUGGAGAGUCCUGCUGUUCCUGUGAUGGUGGGAGAUGCUGUAACUCUUCGCUGCAGAAUCAAGAUGCUUUCCUCCAACUUCACAGCUGAUUUCUACAAAAAUGGGCGUCACAUAGGGAGCAGCUCAACAGGAAACAUGACCAUUCACGAAGUUUAUAAGACAGAUGAAGGACUUUACAAGUGCAACAUUUCAGGAGGCGGUGAAUCCCUAGCAAGCUGGCUGUCUGUCUCUCUGCCAUGUCUCACAGUCAGUUACACAGAGACUCAUAUUGACCUCAUCUUACGGACUGUGUUCAACAUCGUGAUGGUGGCUCUGCUGCUGCUGCUGCUGGGAUUUCUUUGCUGUGGGAAAAUCAAAGUUACAACAACAAAUUCACCAGCAUGUUAAUGCAACUGUUGUGAAACACGAAACAGUGCAAUGAUGGCAAGUAGUGCAAAUAAAAAAAUAGAAAGACAUUAAUGUGCUUCAUUUAUUUUGGGUAUUUUAUUUUUAAGUUUCUAGAAGCAGAUCCAUUAUGUGCUGGGACAGUUUCAAGAAAUGAAAACAUGAAACAUAUUAUAUUCCAAUAUUUCACCAAAACUUUGCAUCAGCAUAUCUGUAAAGUAUCCACAUCAAGUAUCCACUGCUUCUUCUUUAUAAAAUUGCUUUUGUGUACACACAUGUGAGCUGUGACUUUCUUUGUACUGACACAUUUCUCAGAUGUAUUUAGAGUCAAACUGUGUGUAGCAUUAUAUCUCCCUGGGAGAAAAUGUUGCAGUGUUUCAUGCUGGGGCGGAGUAGGACCGCUGAAACAUGCUGCCACUAUUGCAAAACAACUGACUUGAAAAAUUUCCAACACCCUGUAUAACAUGUACAGGGAAUGUCACUUUUUUAAAAACAGAAUUAAAUGACUGCUAUCAAAUAGUCACAGCCUGCAAAACGUCAGCUUAAAAAUGAUAUCAUACCAGUCCAAAAAUUGUCAGCUACGAAAAGCUAAGGGAGAAAUAACUACAAUUAGUUGGGGUGUAUGCAUACUUUUGACUCUGUGUGAAAUAGAAAAUAUAAAAAAUAUUUUAAAACUUCUGUGCCCAUUAACUGUUCUUUAAAGUCUUUAAUGAUGUAUGUUGUACCAUUUCACUCUGGAAAAAGAAGUGUGUGCUUUUUAUUAA